UAUUCUAUUAUAUUCAAGUGGUUGACAAAAUCCAUAAAAAAAAAGGAAGUCGACAAAGGAAACACAAUAGAAACAAAUAAGAACUUUGAAAGAAUUAAUGUUUCACAUGCACCAAGUUUCGUGAGAAUAAAAACUUGUCUUUCUUUGUUGUUAUACAGUUUGAAAAGAAAAAAGCAGGGAGCUCACGAUUUCAACUAUAGCACAAUGAUGAAGUACAUUUCAACAACAUGAGGAAAAUGGAUGAAACAAGAUUGUUCGUCCUCUCCCAAAUAGCAAUUGCUUCUCUUUCACUUCACUUCACUGUGUUCUUUCUUCUGUGAUCUCAUUCUCUAUCUUUAUGGCGGGAGUUGGACCCCACAAAAUUAAAAUCUCGUCCUCUUCUCCUAUUUCUCUCAUAAAUACAAUACAAGCUUUCUUUCUUAAGCCUCAGCAAAAAAAAUACUUUCUUCUGCAUUUCCACUCUCCAAAACUGUACUCUAAGCUCCGUACCAUUUUCUUUCUCUUCUAGAACGGUGCCGUAUAACGCAUUCUAAAUGACCGUUACACUCUUCAUCUUUCUCCUCCUCUUCUUCCGCCCCGUCGUUGCUCUCUCCUCUGACGGCAUCGCGCUUCUCACUCUAAAAUCGGCGGUGGAGGCGUCCUCAGCUGCCGCCUUCUCCAACUGGAACGACGCCGACGCCACCCCUUGUCGGUGGUCCGGCAUCACGUGCGCCAACAUCUCCGGCCAGCUGGAGCCGCGCGUCGUCGGCGUCACGAUCUCCGGCAAGGGCCUCCGUGGCUACCUCCCGUCGGAACUCGGCACGCUGCUCUACCUCCGCCGCCUCAACCUCCACACCAACGCCCUCCGCGGUGCCAUCCCGGCGCAGCUAUUCAACGCUACCGCGCUCCACAGUGUCUUCCUCCACGGUAACAACCUCUCCGGCACCCUCCCUCCCUCUGUCUGCACCCUCCCUCGCCUCGAAAACCUCGACCUCUCCGAUAACGCCCUCUCCGGCGCAGUGCCCGACACGCUCCGAAAUUGUUCCCAGCUCCAGCGGUUAAUCCUAGCCCGCAACAAAUUCUCCGGCUUUAUUCCGGCGAGUCCAUGGCCAGAGCUGAAAAACCUUGUCCAGCUCGACCUGUCAUCGAACCUUCUGGAAGGUUCGAUCCCGGACGAACUCGGGGAGCUUAAAACACUAACUGGAACCUUAAACCUUUCAUUCAAUCACUUAUCUGGUAAAAUUCCUAAAUCUCUUGGGAAUUUGCCUGUUACCGUGAGUUUCGAUCUCCGGAACAAUGAUUUGAACGGUGAGAUUCCCCAGACUGGGUCGUUUUCGAACCAGGGCCCCACUGCGUUUCUCAACAAUCCGAACCUGUGUGGGUUUCCUUUGCAGAAACCAUGCACAGGUUCAGCACCCAGCGAAUUGGGGCGUGGUCCCAGUUCUCGUGGACCAUCGGCGCACCGAUCAGCGAAGGGGCUGAGCCCCGGUUUGAUUAUUUUGAUCUCGGUGGCGGAUGCGGCCGGGGUGGCCUUGAUCGGGCUUGUGGUGGUGUAUGUAUAUUGGAAGAGGAAGGGCAAGUCCAAUGGGUGUAGUUGCACUCUGAAGAGGAAGUUUGGUGCGGAGAACGAGAAAGCUAGUUUGUGUUGUUUGUGUAAUGGGAUGAAGAGUGAUGAUUCUGAAGUGGAGGAGGUGGAGAAGGAAGAGGGGGAGGGUGGGAGAGGGGAAGGGGAUUUGGUGGCCAUUGAUAAGGGUUUUAACUUUGAACUUGAUGAGUUGUUGAGGGCUUCUGCAUAUGUGUUGGGGAAGAGUGGGUUAGGGAUUGUGUAUAAGGUGGUCCUGGGGAAUGGGGUGCCUGUGGCUGUGAGGAGAUUGGGGGAGGGUGGGGAACAGAGGUAUAAGGAGUUUGCUGCUGAGGUUCAAGCCAUUGGCAAAGUGAAGCAUCCCAACAUUGUGAAGUUGAGAGCAUAUUAUUGGGCUCCUGAUGAGAAGCUUUUGAUCAGUGAUUUCAUCUCCAAUGGCAAUUUGGCCACUGCCCUUAGAGGAAGAAAUGGUCAACCACCACCGAAUUUUUCAUGGUCAACCAGACUAAGGAUCAUCAAAGGAACAGCCAGGGGAUUGGCCUAUCUCCAUGAAUGCAGUCCUAGAAAAUUUGUUCAUGGUGACAUCAAACCCUCUAACAUCCUCCUUGAUGCGGACUUUCAACCACACAUUUCUGAUUUUGGUCUUAACAGACUGAUCAGCAUCACAGGCAACAACCCAUCCUCUGGUGGCUUUAUGGGAGGAGCUCUUUCUUACUUGAAGCCAUCACAAACAGAGCGAACUAACAACUACAAAGCUCCAGAAGCUCGAAUUCCCGGUUGCAGACCCACCCAGAAAUGGGAUGUAUAUUCAUUUGGAGUUGUAUUACUUGAAUUGCUAACUGGAAAGUCCCCGGAUUCUUCUCUGGCAGCAUCAACUUCCAUGGAAGUCCCUGAUUUGGUGAGGUGGGUCAGGAAAGGGUUUGAACAAGAAAGUCCAUUGUCUGAAAUGGUCGAUCCGUCAAUGCUCCAUGAAGUGCAGGCCAAGAAAGAAGUACUAGCUGUGUUUCAUGUAGCACUACAAUGCACUGAGGGAGACCCUGAGAUCAGGCCUAGGAUGAAAACCGUCUCCGAAAAUCUAGAAAGAAUCGGAUCAUAAGGUUCUAACGUUUACCAGCUGAAAUAGUGCACCUGAGACUGGAAUUUCCGUGAUACUCAAUGAAGAUGCAUUGAAACCCCAUAAUGUAUUUUUCUGUGGUAGCACUGGAAAAAAUUUCUCUUGGGGGUAUCAAGACAGUGCCACAAAUGCAUAGCUAUCUUCAACUGCGCCCGCAGGCCCUUCUGUCUUUUCACGUUAAAGCAAUUUUUUGACGGCUAUCCCCAUCACAGGUCUCUUUAUUCUUUUUUCGGCAAAUCAAGGCACGUCGUAGAAAUAUUUAAAUUUUGUUCUGAUCUCAUUUUAUCAUGAGGCUGAUCACAAUAAUUUCACAAUAUCAUGCGUUAUUUGUUUGGCAAGUUAAGAUGCAAUCUUGUGUAUAAUAAAAUUAAUUCAGAUCUCUGUUAUCGAAUGACAACUCGGUUUCACAUUC